AAAAAAGUUCCUCUGAUUGUAUUUGGUGACGGCAUGUUCAACAAAUCCGCCGUUCAUCUAAAAGGUCUUAGAACUGAUGCCGUUGGUGUCCUUUGGCGUGCCUUGAAGCGAAGAGAGGCUGCUGGAGAUAUACUAGUGAUAACCAUUGAUGAAUACCUAACCUCUCGAACAUACAAUAAUUGUCGCUCCAACACCGUUGAAGCACUGAAGACUGUUCCAGGCCGAAGUACUUGCCUGGAAAACCUGUUCGAUACUUGGGAACCGGGACAUCAACGCUACAAAAAGCAUGUUAGCAAUUAGCGUGACAAUAUGGAAGUCAACGGGAAGACCUACUGAGUUUUGUAGAAAACCAAGGAAGUUGCCCGCAUCAACCGCUUAACAGCAUCCUCUAAUCGCCAGAACGAAACUGGCUCGAUUUUUACAGGUACUUCGUCUGUAGUGAUAUUUUUACCCGUCUCCACCACGAGUAAAAACACUGUCGUGCAAAACUUCUGCAACAUUCUGAAAUGCCAACACAAGAUCGAACCCGUUCUAGCUUUCUUACAUAUCAAAUCAGCAUACGAUACGGUUGACCGUAAUGUCAUAUGGGCAGUACUCUGUCCCCAUAUCCCAGCCCCGCUCCUUGCCCUGCUUCAAAAUAUGUUUGACGAUAUCAGCAUUGAAGUCUUCCAAAACAAUGCCAAGUCAGAACUUUUCUGCCCUACUACUGGUGUCCUUCAAGGACCCAUACUAUCUCCUAUACUCUAUUCAUAUUAUAUCAAUGAACUACCUACACUGCUCCGUC